AUGGCGUCCCAAAUGUCAUCGGCAUGGGCCGCUGUCGUCGUCAUCGUCUCCUCCCUCCUCGCCGUCGCUCUCUCGCAUGAUGAAGGUGGUGGGCCCAGCUUCGGGUACACGCCGGGGACCCCCGACGGCCCGGAGAACUGGGGCAAGCUGAGCCCGGCAUACAAGGCGUGCGGCGACGGCAAGGCGCAGUCCCCCAUCGACAUCGUCAUCGCCAACGCCGUCCCCAACCCCAACCUCGACACCCUGACCCGCGUCUACGCCCCCUCCAACGCCACCCUCCACAACACCGGCAAGGACAUCGUCAUGAGCUUCGAGCAGGGCGGCGAGCCCGUCAUGCCGGGCUCCAUCAACGUCACCACCGCCGACGGCACCGUCAAGGAGUUCAAGUUGAAGAUAAUCCACUGGCACGCGCCGGGGGAGCACACCGUCAACGGCAAGCGCUUCCCGCUGGAGCUCCACAUGGUCCACGUCGACGACCAGGACCACAAGGCCGUCAUCGGCAUCCUCUACGAGAUCGGCAACCCCGACCCUUUCUACGACCAGCUGACGGAGAAGCUGCGCGAGCUCAAGACGACGCCCACCGUGGCCGCCGGCGUGGUGGAGCUCAAGUCGCUGCAGAAGCGGACGGGGAGCUACUUCCGGUACAUGGGGUCGCUCACCACGCCGCCCUGCACGGAGAAGGUGAUGUGGAACAUUCUGGGCAAGGGCAGGGAGCUGAGCCAGGAGCAGUUACAACUCAUCACCGCGCCGCUGCCUCACCAGGACAACAGGCCGCCGCAGCCGCUCAAUGGCCGCCAAGUCGCCUUCUACAACCCGCCAAACACCAUCAUCUCCAUCCAAUCCCUAGUACUCCCUCCCUAA